UUCUUCAGCAAAUCAGUAAAUUAAAAUUGAUAUUUAUGUUGGACAUGUGUGAGAAUGUAAAAUUGCAUGAAAUUGAUUUUAAGGAGGAAAUCGUGAAAAACUAUGGCGCCAUAGUGAAAAAGGCAAAGUGGCAAAACAAACAAAUCGCCGUUAAAAUAUAUCCCGAAUUUCUGAUCGAUUAUAAAUGGUUCAAGAACAGAUAUGCUCAGCUAUUGGAAAUUGAUCAUGAGAAUAUUCUGAAAUUCUAUGGCACAACCGAGAAGCCAGGCCAAGUAAUGGUCCUAAUGGAGUACGCGGAAGGCAGAUCGUUGUACACUCACAUUCAUUGGGCCGGAGUACCCAAUUAUACACCAAAGGAGGCACUCAAUUGGAUGCUGCAGUUUGCCAGGGGCGUUGGAUUUCUACAUGCCCUGAAGCCAAAGCCCAUAUAUCAUGGCAACUUGAAGCCACAGAAUUUGUUCUUGACCAACAACCUGCGCUGCCUGAAGGUCGGCGAGUUGGCCAGUGGCGCUGAAGAGAGCUGCAAUGACUAUGCGCCACGGGAGACUAGACGCAAGAAGCAAGCCUAUCUGAAUGAAAAUAAUCUAACACGAAUGCACACAUACUUUUUGAAUUCAAUAGAAUACUAUUACACAGAACAGUACGAUGUAUACAGCUUUGGCGUGGUGCUCUGGGAGGUGCUAUUUUAUAUGUCGGCACUGGGCCCAGAUAUGCUGGGCUUCAAGGAAAUGAACUCGCUGAUUGCCAGAUGUCGAGAUGAACACAAGAAUAAGCGACCAACUAUGGAAGAUGUGAUAUUGAACAUCAGCAUAAUUGCCAGGUUAUAUUACGACAUGGAUCUUGAUUUAGGAACGACAGCGGCAAAUGUCGCUGAGUUGCAAUUAGGAGAGGUAAUGGGACGAGGAUCCUUUGGUAUUGUCUUGAGAGCAAAUUUAUUUGACAUUGAAUUGGCGGUGAAGAAAAUUUUAAAGAGCGAACUGAACGGCAAUUGGAUUGAGAGAGAAGUGCGACAACUAUUCCGGGCUAACCAUGAGAAUAUUAUCAAAUUCUUUGGCUCCACGCAAGAUGCUGAUGGCAAUACGUUGAUUCUCAUGGAAUAUGCCGACUGUGGCUCACUCCACAACUAUUUGUACGGCAAUGGACAUAAGAAGCAUAAAUAUACUCACAGAACUGUACUCAAUUGGAUGCAACAGUUGGCCAAGGGUGUUGCUUACCUGCAUGACAUGACGCCAAAGCCUGUAAUCCAUCGCGAUCUUAAGCCACACAAUUUGUUGCUCGUGAACGAAUUUCGCACCUUGAAGAUAGCCGACUUCGGAACAGUGCGGGAUCAGGCCACUCUGAUGACAGAUCUAAUAGGCACGCCCGAAUAUAUGGCGCCAGAGGUUGCGUUGGGCCAGUGGUAUACAGACAAAAGCGACGUCUAUAGCUUUGGCAUCGUGCUCUGGGAGGUCUUGGCUAGAAAGAAACCUUUCUACCACUUGAAACAGAAGUGUUCACUGGCAAUUAUUAACUUGGUCACUAGGGGUGAACGUCCUCCACUGACAGAUAUUCAUGGCAUCAAAUAUUGUGAGCACUUUAAGUCGUUGAUUGAAAGUUGCUGGACCAACGACCAAACGGAACGAUUAACUAUGAAAGACAUAAUUGGUUUGCUCAAUCAGUGAUUGGUAUAAGGUUUAAUUUUAGAUUUAUUAAAUUCAUAUAUAUAUAGAAUACAUGUAAUUGUAUCAA